AUGUGUGUAUGUUGGUUGAAAGGUGUCUUACCAGACGGUCAAGCCGGUUGGGUUCCAAAGAACGUCUGCCAACAAGUGGAAGAUCCACAAGCACGUCGUCAAAAUAUGAAGAACUUCCUUCUCUCCGAGGAGGCUCAACGUGCCUAUCAGAAGCUCAAAGAGCAAGAACAACUUCGUGGGAAAAAUGGCAACAUGUUCCCGCGUGUUCAUGAAGAUCGCAAAUCAUCAACGAUUUCUCUUUCGGAUUACAAACCUGGAACAUUUCCAGUAGCUGAAGCUCCCCAUAACUCAAACCCCAAAUAA